AAAAGACGCCCAUGCCGUGGAGGUGAGCGAUAUUUUUCCAUCUGUGAUCAUGAUGUAGCUGAGUUCUCAUUUUUUGAUGAGUCCAUAAACAACGUUGGCAAAGCUAUGGGAACGCAUUGUUUGAUAGCGCGUCAGUAUUUGGGGAAAAAUGUUUCUUCUUCUUCCUCUUCUUCUCUUUGCAAGUUAAGAAAAGAGGGAACAUAGCAAAGGUUUCAUCAUCGUCGUGGCCAGUUAUCAAAAUGGGCACGGUCUGACUUUUGUAAGUGGUCCAAAGCAGGUUCCAAACGAUUCGCAACACGUUUGUUUUUGAAGUCAACAGGGGCGUGGGGUGGGAGGGUCACUCCACACCCCGCCGCUGUGGGAAAGCGCCACGGAAUGCUGACGAAACCCGUCGAGAGCUCACCUGAGCGAGCGAGAGGCGCGGCGACGCACAAGCCCUCCGAGCGGAACUCGGUGAAGGACGCGGACGGAGCUCCCAACUCCCGGACCGAUCCCGCCAUGCUCGGGUCGGGCGCGCGCCUCUCCUCCUUGCUGCUCCUGCUUUGUGUGUCCGGCUCGGGGGCGUGCGGGCCUCAACGGGCCCCGCCGCCGACGCUCGGCGUGGAUGGUCUGAGGCUCCAGCUGGUGGAGGCGCUCAAGACGGGAAUCCUCAGCGCGCUGGGCAUGGCCAAGGAACCCGAGCUCACCCAAAAGGCAUCCCGGCGAGAGUUGAGGAGGACGUAUCGGCUGUACCGGGAGUUGAGAAGAAACGUCAGCCGGCCGACGGGAGUCGCCGCGUCGACGCUGCUCUUUCCGGCUGCGGUAAGAGCAUCUCACGGGAAAGAUGGCUUGCCACCCGGCCAACACACGCGGCGGUUCCGAGCUGCUUUCCAGAAGGAUCGAAACGUCCCGCGCGAGGCCGUUCCUUCCCCAGCUGCUCUUCGGCUUCCAAUACAAGCGACGCGAGUCCAGUCCCACAUAAGGCGGCGGAUCCAAAUCAAGCACGCCAAGGCGCUCAACUCCAACGGACGGACGCGCGCGGCCCCUUGUGCCGAUGCGUCAAACGAGCGAAACGUGACGAUGGACGUGGGCGCGCGGUGGACGAGAAGGGCCGCCGCCGACACGUCGUCGGUGGCGCACGUAAGGACGGCCAUGGCCGAAGGCGGCCCACGCGUCUCCCGGCAAUUGGACUUCAGCGCCCCGGCGGCGAAUCCUCGGCCCCGGCGUUCCGACGGGGACGAGGAGUGCAACCGACAAGGAUGGUGCUGCCGUAAGUCGGUCAAGGUGUCGUUCGGAGACCUGGGCUGGACCGAUUGGAUCGUGGCCCCGACCGAGUACACCAUGCACCUGUGCGACGGCGCCUGCCCGCACAACUACAAGCCGGCUAGCAUGCACACCCAGCUCAAGUCUCGCCUGCACCAGAUCACCAAGGGCGGCUCGCCUCGGCCGUGCUGCGUGCCGGCCUCCUACGAGCCCCUGGUCCUCAUGUACUAUGACGCCGGGGGCCAGUUGAAAGUGGCGCCUUUUAGUGACCUCAUAGUCACCAAGUGUCACUGCGCCUAAGGCCGCCACCCAAACCAACGAUGCGCUCUUUUGAUCUUUCUUGGAAAGCCGUAUUUAUUCCAACUUGUAUUUAUUGUCCCACUCCGAAACUAGAGCAAUGUCUCAAGUGGGCUGUUCUCACAGCAUCUUUUUUUAAACAUAUGACACUCUGAAAACUACUGGGUCAAAAACAACCCAGAUCGGGUUGAAACGGCGACGCCGGCACCAGAAGGGAGCGGGCCAAUGCCGGUUUACUCAUACCCAGCUCAUCGGGUUGAGGAUUUGACCCGGCGUGUUGGGUCAAGAUUUUGAUUCGUCCCUGGGUAAAAAAUUCCCACGCUGUUUAGCGCCCAGGAUGUUGAUUACCUGGCCAUCAGUAGAGCUGCGCUCCAAAAAACUGGGGCUGAUUUUUAUGAGCAACAUUUUCCACAUCGUGCAGUGACUUUGUGACAGCUCGAGAUGAAGCCAUUAUGGUCGGUUGUGCACUCUGGACUGUAGACAAAGUGUUACCUAGCUUCGUAACAUUUGAAGAAAACCUUAUUGGAGUCGCAGCGACAGGUUGUGUGAAGCAUAUUGGUCAUAUUUAUAAAAGAUGUUUGAUGUUUCACCACUGCAGUAAGAACUGUGAAAUAUGUCCGGUCAAAAAAAUGGUCUUUAUUUAACAUUAAAUAGAGAAAAAAAAU